ACUAGUUUAAAUGGUGGGGGCACUUUGUUUUCUUUUCUUGUUCCAUACACAAAUAUUUUAUCAUUUACUUCCCAACCUGAAAAAACUCUUCGAAAACCAUAAUUCAGUUUCCACUCUAUCGCCAUUUUUUUUUGCUGCCCUCUUCUAUAGUUACUAGAUUUGUCAGCAGCCGUAUACCCAUUAAACUCGCAACUUAGUCAUAUCCAUUCAAAAAAAAAAUCCCAUAUCAAGAUUUUAUAGAGAUAUAUACUAUACAAAACAAAUGUCAAGAAUUGUAGCACAAAAUGUAUCACCAGUAAGAGAUUGUGAACCUCUUUAUGAUCGUACACAAAUGGUAGAAAUGUCUUCACCUACGUUUGGUCAGUUGUUAAAGAACGUUGGUGAUGUCACCGGUGAUGAAACUCCGGUACAUCAAGUUCUUAUCAUGGAACCUCACUUACAACACUCGAUUCCGUUCGUGUUGUCGUUUAGCAACCUCACCUACAGAGUAAAAAGUCGCCGGAAAGUUGCUUUUCCGGUGAUCAGUCGUCGCACUGAGGAAACAACCACGUGUCGUACGAAGGUGCUUUUGAACGACAUAUCAGGUGAGGCGCGUGAUGGUGAGCUCCUUGCGGUGCUAGGCGCGUCUGGUUCGGGGAAAUCAACGUUGAUCGAUGCGUUAGCGAAUCGUAUAGCGAAGGAGAGUUUAAAAGGAGCUAUAACAUUGAACGGAGAAACAUUACAUUCGAAGUUGUUGAAAGUUAUAUCAGCUUAUGUAAUGCAAGAUGAUCUUCUUUAUCCAAUGCUUACAGUGGAAGAGACGUUAAUGUUUGCUGCUGAGUUUCGUCUUCCACGUACCCUCUCGAAAUCGAAGAAGAAAGCUAGGGUUCAAGCUUUAAUCGAUCAGUUAGGACUAAGAAACGCUGCCAAAACUAUAAUCGGCGAUGAAGGACACCGUGGAGUGUCUGGUGGUGAAAGAAGGCGAGUCUCAAUUGGGAUUGAUAUCAUUCAUGAUCCAAUUAUUCUCUUUCUUGAUGAACCUACAUCUGGACUCGAUUCCACAAGUGCGUUCAUGGUAAUAAAAGUUCUUCAACGAAUCGCGCAAAGUGGAAGUAUUGUGAUCAUGUCUAUUCAUCAGCCAAGUUACCGAAUUCUUGGUUUACUUGACCGAUUGAUUUUCUUGUCACACGGACAAACUGUUUACAGUGGUUCGCCGUUGAAUUUACCUCAGUAUUUCGCGGAUUUUGGACAUCCAAUUCCGGAAAAUGAAAACAGAACAGAGUUCGCGCUUGAUUUAAUACGCGAACUCGAAGGUUCACCUAGUGGAACAAAAACACUAGUUGAUUUCAACAGAACGUGGCAAGAUACCAAAAGGAGUAGCAGUAGUAGUACUAAUCAGAAUUUUGAAGCAACGCCAACCAGAUACCAUUUAUCACUAAAGGAAGCAAUAAGUGCAAGUAUUUCUAGAGGGAAAUUGGUUCCUGGUGCAACAAAUAAUGCUGCUAAUCCUACUUCUAUGGUUCCAACUUUUGCAAAUCCAAUAUGGACCGAAUUGGCGGUGUUAUCAAAGCGAUCAUUCACAAACUCAUGGCGUAUGCCGGAGAUUUUUGCAGUCCGUUUCGGGGCAGUCAUGGUCACGGGUUUCAUCCUUGCGACCAUGUUCUGGAGACUUGACAAUUCCCCUAAAGGCGUAAGGGAACGCCUUGGAUUCUUCGCGUUCGCGAUGUCAACAACUUACUACACAUGUGCGGAUGCGUUGCCCGUUUUUAUACAAGAAAGGUACAUUUUCAUGAGGGAAACAGCGUACAACGCAUACCGGAGAUCGUCUUAUUGCCUCUCUCAUGCUUUGGUUUCGAUACCAGCGUUGAUAUUCCUAGCUUUAUCAUUCGCGGCCUUGACAUUCUGGGCUGUUGGCCUAGACGGUGGAGCUUCGGGCUUUUUGUUCUACUUUUUUGUCAUCUUGGCUUCGUUUUGGGCGGGGAAUUCAUUCGUUACGUUCCUCUCAGGCAUCGUCCCUCAUGUCAUGCUCGGAUACACAAUCGUCGUAGCAAUUCUUGCAUACUUCCUCUUAUUCAGCGGAUUCUUCAUGAACCGUGAUAGAAUCCCUUCUUACUGGAUCUGGUUCCAUUAUCUCUCCCUUGUGAAGUACCCGUACGAAGCUGUGUUACAGAACGAAUUCCACGACCCCACGAAAUGUUUUGUUCGUGGGGUCCAAUUGUUCGAUAACAGCCCACUCGGGGCUGUGCCCAAUUCGUUAAAGGAGAAGCUGUUAGGCAGUAUAAGCAGAACGUUGAACGUAAGGAUAACAAGUUCCACAUGUGUGACUACUGGUGCAGAUAUACUAGUGCAACAAGGAAUCACUCAGCUAAACAAAUGGAGUUGCCUGUGGGUAACAAUUGCAUGGGGAUUUUUCUUUAGGAUUUUGUUUUAUUUCUGCUUAUUGUGGGGAAGUAAGAACAAGAGAAGGUAAUAAUAGCUAGUGAAUAAUAUCAUAAAAUAGUGUGCUCGAAGAUACUUUUGAAUACCUUUUUUUUUGUUGGUAAUUCACUACAAGUUGUUUCAAAGUUGGAUUUUAGGUGUAAAGUUGUUGCAGUUUGAAAUUUAAUAGAAGCAAAUGACUAUAGCUUCAUGGCUGA